UUUGUGCGGGAAAAAUGGCUCACAGUAAGGACCUGUUUGAGUGCUCCAUCUGUACACAGUUACUGAAUGAUCCAGUGACUACUACCUGCGGACACAGCUUCUGUGUGAAAUGCAUCUAUACCUACUGGGAUACCAAAAGAAACAGAAGGAGAACGUAUAGCUGCCCUCUGUGCAGAGAGACUUUCAAUGAGAGACCUGUUCUUAAGAGGAACACCAUCCUGGCUAACUUGGUAGAGGAGUUUAAGAAGAAGGCAAGCAGCCAGGGUGCUGCUGCACCUGGGGAUGCGCAGUGUGACAUUUGCACGGAGAGAAAACGUAAAGCUUGCCUGUUCUGUCAGGUGUGUUUGGCCUCUUACUGCCAGACUCAUCUGGAACCUCAUUUUAUUGUACCGCCUCUUAAAAAACACAGACUGAUCACAGCUUCUAUAAAUAUCAAAGAAAGCAUCUGUUUCCGUCAUGACAAACUUCAGGAGCUUUACUGCCGCACCGAUCGGCAGUUCCUGUGCCUCAUGUGUGCGGUGGAUGAACACAAAGACCACGACAUUAUAUUAGCUGAAACAAAAAGGCAAGAAUUGCAGAGCCAUCUGGAAAAGACCAAAGAGAAAAUUGCAGAAAGAGUGGUGAUUUCAGAGAAGUUGAUGGAUGCUGCUCGCUCCAUACGAGUAAGGAUUUUUCUUUUAUGCCUUGUUUUCUUUAUUGUUAGAUCUUGUUAUAAGGCGGCGUCUACACUAAUCCGGAUAAAUCUGCAAACGGCGUUGUCGUCUAAAAACGCUCCGCGUCCGAACUAUCGUUUUCUACGCUACGUUCAUGUAUUGCGCAUGCGUGAAACGUAAGACGAUUCGACCUGCGUCAUUUCUGUCUGCCGUUUAUUUACUUUCCGGUUGUUGUGCCAAAAACUGAUUUCCAAUGUUUCCGUGGGUUUUUAUGUGUAAUAUCGUUACGUAUGUUGCUAGAUAGACCUUGGAGAACAGGUAUUACAUAAGGGUUAUAUAUAAAAUUAAAAAAUUACAUGUUUCUCAUAAAUCUUUGUAACUGUGUCAUUGUACUUAUAUUAUAAUCCAUCGGCUCCUUUUUGUCCACUUAAAUAUGUUUACAGAACUAUUUUUGCAUUUGUUGCAAUUUCAGCUGUCCUCUUGGCCAGAUUACUCUUAAAGGAGACAUUUUUAAAGUCAACAAGAAAUUUUUUAACUGCAUAAAGAAAGAAUAAAUAAAGUCACUGUCAAAAACUGAUUGGGGCUUCUACCUU